AUCAAAUUGAGUUCGUUCAUGGACAAAGCGAGAAUAGAUGUUCCACUGAUUCUGCUUCUUGAUCACGGAUUGGGCAUGCUGGCCGAGGUCAGUCUCAGUACCACCAAAGGGCCAACGAAGGAUCACAUUCCUUCUUCAGGCGCACCCUUGCCCACACAAACGGUGAGAGAGAGACACUAAGCAGAGUAAACUAAUGCUAUGGCGAUCUCAGACAAAGGAAUGUCGUUAGGAAGCAAGUACCAAGUGUUUCUAAGCUUUAGAGGACCUGAUACUCGUGUUGGAUUCACUGACGUCUUAUUUCAUAGCUUGACCGACACUGGAAUAUGCGUCUUCCGAGAUGAUGAAGAGGUUCGUGCCGGUGAAAGGAUCGAUGGAUCGCUUCAGCAAGCGAUCAACAACUCCAGGAUCUACAUACCCGUCUUCUCUCAGACCUAUGCUUCGAGCCAAUGGUGCCUCUGCGAGCUCGUGCAGAUCGUGGCAAACACUUCCAUAUCAGAAGGUAAAAAACAGAUCCUACCUAUUUUCUUUGAUGUGGAACCCGACGAUGUUAAGUUGAAAACUCCGUUGUAUCGUGAUGCCAUACUGAAUUUGGAGUAUGAGAAGAAGUUGAGCACUGAGCAAGUAGAUGCCUGGAGAAAGGCUCUCAUGGAGGUUGAUGCGAUAAAGGGGUGGGAAGUGAAGAAGUACAAAGGCUAUGUCGAUGUGAUUAAAUUGGUAGUUGAGGAGGUCGUGAAGAAGCUGAAGAUAAAACAUAGAUCGGUGAGUGAAAAUUUAGUUGGAAUUGAUGAUCGAGUGAUGGCAGUAAAUGAAUUGUUAGACGUUGAUUCUAGCGGUGUGCAGCUCAUUGGAAUUUAUGGCAUGGGAGGUAUCGGUAAAACAACUCUUGCCAAGGUGGUUUUCAACCAACUCUCUUUUCAUUUUGGAAAGUGUUGUUGUUUCCUUGAAAACAUUCACUUGAAGUCGUCAAGUACUAAUGGCUUAAUUGAGUUGCAAAAAAAAUUAUUAUCUGAAAUUGGCCAUCCUGAAAGAGCAAGGAGCAUUGACGAAAUUGAUUAUGGAACAAAGAGGAUUGAAGAAGCACUUAACAAUAAGAAAGUUCUCAUUGAAGUAAUUGGUUCAUUCCUCUUUGAGAGAAGCCAACCAAUAUGGAACGAAACAUUGGAUAAGUUAAGCAAAGCACCUCACGAAGAUGUUUUUGGAAAGUUGAAGAUCAGUUAUGAUGCCUUAACUUUCGAGCAACAACAAAUUUUCCUCGAUAUUGCAUGCUUUUUCAUUGGUGAGCAUAUGAUGUAG